GGCCGAAAAUAAAAAUCGGCUGCAUGUCUAACUCGAACAUAAAAUUUCAUAAUAGUUGUAUUGCUAUGUUUUAAAAGGCAAAUUAAUAUGUGUUAAUUUUAAACUUAACUUUUAUGUCUUUGGAUGUAAAGAAGCAUUGACAUCAUGUGUUUUCAACCUGCAUUUGCUGCAUUAUUUUGUAGUCAUAGAGCCAAAGUUGUUCUAUGUGGUAAUCAGUCAUGCCAUUGGACACCUUCAUCUGUGGAAGCUGCCAGGGAUCAUUCAAUGACAUUGAGCAGUUCAUCUUGCACAAAAACAGUCUGUGUGGCCAGCAGACUGACGAGUCGAGUUCCCAGUUAGCAGCAUCCGCUGACGACUCAGAAUAUGUGCAGACCGAAAAUCAUGAGGACAGUCCUGGGGUUGACACUGGGCAGCAGAUUGCGGAGAUACUGGACAUGGAUUCCAUGGUGUCCAGUGUCAAUGGUGUCUCACGUGUGGUGUCCUUUAGCGGUGCAGAGGAGGCUCUCUUGACCGGAACUGGACAGGUCUUCCAGGGAGAGAACAUGCAGACAGUGAUCAUACUGCAGGGAGACAUGCCUCAUCUGAGUCUGGAGAAUGCAGGGCAGUUCCUGGCAGAGGUCUCACAGGAGCAGCCCAACAACGAAUACCUUGCAAGUCUGUAUAAAAAGAAGGGUCGAGGUGGUCGUCCAAGGAAGACAAAGAAAGAAGAAACUAUCAAAGUAGAGGAACCCAAAGAGAAAGUUGCAGAUAUAGGUACUGAUGGUAAGCUCACGUGCCAGAGGUGUAAGAAGGUAUUUAACAGAGAGAGAGUGUUCAACGCCCACAAGUGUAUUGCCAUGUCAGAGUAUGUCGACUUCACCACAAAGGAUAUAGCCAAUAUUGAUCCAGAUGAUAACGACCUUCCGCAGGAUGACCUUGUAGAUGCUGGUGCCCUAGAGGACGAUGAUGCUGAGUACAGGGUACCAGCCAAUGUUAAACUGGAGACUGAAUCUGACAGCGCAGGGCCCGGCCUUGGGACUGAGGUGGAGUACACUACACGGGUCAUCAACGGGAAGAUUGUCAGCUCACGUCACAGUGAAGGUACUAGUGAAGACAACCAAGAUGUUGAUCUGGAACAAGUGGCCCGUUAUGCAGAACAGGGCUCAAAUGAGGGAUCCACAGAGGGGCAGCAAGUACAGCAAUCUUCAGAGGCUAAGGAAAUACCAGUACAGCUGUCCUCUGGCCCUGACAUUGAGGACACUGUUCGAGACAUGGUCGGCACCACUCCAAUGUUCCUUAGUGAAGAAGACAAGGCCAAGUUUGAAGCGAGUCUCAAUGUUGACCUCAGCGGCAUUGACCACAUGUUCCAGACCCACGGCAUCAAGCAGGAGGUCAAUAUGGACAUUGCACAACCGUCCAGGUUCUGUAACACAAUGUUGACCUUAUUCUCCUGUAACACAUGUGACAAGGUGUUCAAGUCGCUGUCUCACAUGAGAUUCCACGUCCUCACACACACAACCCUGCGCCCGUACAAGUGCUUCAAGUGCAACUACGACUCUAACUGCAGAGGCAACCUGUACACACACAUGCGUAAGCACACUGGUCAGUACUACCACUGUGACCACUGCAAGUUCCAGACAGUGAACAAGAGUCACCUGGCGGAGCACCAGCUGAUCCACACCUCAGACAAGCAGCGCUGCAAGAUCUGCAACAAGCUCUACAACACUCAGAAGUCACUCAUGAGUCAUAUUAGGAAAUACCAUGAUAAUGCCAAAGGCAAGGAGUACCUGGCCACCUUCAUGCAGGGUAGAGACAUGCGGGGUACGACUGUGAUCCACCAGUGCCACGUCUGCAACCGCAAGUUCAAGAAAAAGACGGACCGAGACAGGCACCUGUUUGUUCAUGAUAUCAAGGAUAUGUCCAUUAUCCAGCAUUGCCAACUGUGUAGUUACUCUGCAUCUAGACCAAAAUACCUAGAGAAACACUUCCAGAAGCACAGGUGUUUGUACAGAUGCUGCAAGUGUGAGCAGAUCUUCCUGAGCUCCAGCCGCCUUGUGGAGCACCUCACCUCUCUGCACUCAGACACAGACGACCCUGCCACCUGGGAGGCCCUGUUUGAGGCAAGCAUUGCCACCAGCCUUUACCUGCCCGAACCAGACACCAACCUGCCCUCCAACGAGAAAUCCUUUGUCAAUCUACCGGAGGAGCUGUCAGAGGUCGCAAUCACUCGUCAGGAGAGGUUACAGAACACUGGAGAGGACUACCUCCCAAUGUGCAAUGCAGAUGCAUUCAUUAACAUAGACCCUUUGGAGUCGGGAAUCACCAGUGAAUCAGCCGAGGCAGUGGAGGGUCUGGAACAAAGUGCUAUGGAAGAUGGAGUUGUAUCCAUGGAUACUAGUAAUCAUGGUAACCAAGUGACCUUCAGUAACCAUGACAACCAGGAGUCUGAGAAUGACCAUGACCUGUCAGCCACAAAAGAAGGGUCAGAUGAAAACUGUCCUGAUACAGACGACGUUGCUCAGAAUAAUUCUUGUGAUAUGAACAUCGAAAGUAAUGCUAGUAAUGUUGAACAGCAGAGGGAUGUGACAGACAAAGAAAACAAGGAGCCUAUGGAAUUGGAAGAUAAUAUGGAGAGUGAUUCAAGGGAUGUGGAGCAAGCUUCAGAAGACGUUGAUGAGGACACAGCCGUUGUGGAGGAGACGGACCUAACGGAGGAAGACUUGCUGGGACCUGUGAAGCCUCGGACUGGCUCUGUGGCCAGGCUCAUAGAGAAGCUGGGAUACAAGCCAAUGAGCCUGCAGAUAUUUCAGAAGAUGAGGGACACCUUCGGCUCCGAGGAGUGUGAAUACUGCGGCCGCUUGUUUUUCAGCCGCACUGACUAUGAACCUCACGUUCUCACGCAUACAGGGGACAAGCCGUUCCUGUGCACCAAGUGUAACUUUCGCUCCAUCUCCAAGGAUAACCUGCGGCGCCACAUGGACAAGGAGCAUGACAAUGUGAGCUACCCAUGCCGAGAGUGUGCCUUUGUGGCGUACACGCGCACUCAACUCUGGAACCAUGCCCUCAAACACAAGGGGCUGAAGGGGCUUGAGUGUCCUUCCUGUAGGGAACAGUUUGAGAAUAUGUCUGAACUGAAGGAGCAUGCAGACACUAUUCAUCCCAAUGCCAACAUAGAGGGUCUGGACAAACUGAUCUCUAACAAACACAAGUUGCAGGGAAAAAUAGUUUCAGGUCGCCGCUCCUACAAGUGUCCCCACUGUGACAAGGUGUUUGUGAGGGCCAGCUCCGAGCUGCAGAAACACAUGUGGAUACACGAGGGCAUCAAACCUUUCAAGUGUCCACUGUGUCCGUAUGCCUGUCGUAGCAAAAACAACCUUCAGGCCCACAUGCUGCGUCAUUCCAAAGACAAGCCAUUCCACUGUGGGGACUGUGGCAAGGCGUACAAGUCCAAGACUGCACUACGAUGGCAUGUUAGGGCACACGCUGGGAAACUCUUCAAAUGUGAUCAGUGUCCAUAUGAGGCCACUCAGGCCAGUCACCUCAAGCGCCACAUGGAGACUCACAGUGUUAAGCGACGCUAUGCCUGUAAGGAUUGCCAGUAUUCAGCCAACACCCUUGGCUUUCUAAAGGUCCACUAUGCAAGGUUUCACAAGUCUGUGGAGUCCACAGAUAUUCCUGUCAUUGCCCAGGAUGUGACUGGUAUGCAGGCAGACAACUGCUUCAAGUGCCUCAGCUGUGAUUACCUGUUUGGAAACCUCUCAGACCUCAAGCGCCACCUGAAAUCUCGUCACCAGAUCGAUGUCAAUGAUCUGUCACAGGUUGUGAACGAGAGCUCCAAUGAGCUGCAGGUGCAGAUAGGAGAGCAGGGGAUUCAGCAGGUGGAAGGGUACCCUAUCAUGGAGAUCAAACUGGACCAGGCACAGAUUGCAGAUGGUAAUCUUGAUGAGAAGACAGCGUCUGUUGUAAGCAUCCUGAACCAGAUCAUGGGUCUACAGCAGGGAGGGGCUGGGCUGGGGGCAGGGCUGCGUCAGGGAGAGGGGCAUGAGCACCAGCAAGGAGUUGUGGUGACCCAGGAAAAUAUUGUUGUAGAAAAUGAUGGUAGCCACGUAUACCAUGUGAAUGCUGGGACCACAGGGUUGGAUGAUAGUCAAGUGUAUCACGUGUCUGGCAACACAGCAACCACAGAGAUAGACGGGCACCAGUAUGUGAUACAAUAUGUCUCACAAGCAGAGGAUGGCUGUGUGGAAGUGCAAGGGGACAGCAUUGAGGAGGAAGUAAUGACAGAGGACCAUGUGACCACGCAUGACCAGAUACUGGCAGAGGGCCAUGUCACAACACAGGGUCAGAUAAUCAUGGACGGACAGGUGUUGACAGAGGGACAGGUGAUGUCUUGAUGUGUUCCUGCAUCAUGCUGAGUGAUGCACUUGCAGGGAUAGUGUAUGCCCACAGCUUUAGGUACAACAAUACUGCAAGACAACCAAGCUUGCAUGUGACAUUGCUUGCCUAAGCUGAUGGUAGUUAAUUGAGCGUUUAUUUGGUUAUGACUCCCAACAGUAUUAUUAGUGUUCUGUGCUGAAUACUUUCUCAUCAUGGGGGAUUUGGUCAUAGGGGUUUGAAAGUGGUUGGGUCUUAAUUUUGUUAGAAAACAAUUGAGCCCCAUUAUACAUCACCCUCUUUCUGGGAAAACUGGGCUGAAUGCAUGUGCGUGAAGUGUCAUAAUGGAUACGCCUCUGCAGUCUGCACAGGCUUAUCAGGUUUGACACUUUCCACCAAGAAAGAAUUUGUGUUUAGAAGAUACAUCCUUUAAAUAAAAAAUUCCAUAAAGGGGAAAAUUUCACUGAUAACUUGCGCACACUGUACAGGCUAAUCCGGACCAAUACUACGUGCAUGAAUUAAGCUCAGUUUUCCGUAACAAGGAUCAAUUGAUAAACAUUGGUUUUAGUCUGUCCCAACA